AUGGCGAACAACAUGAAUAACCUGACGACGCUGAUCAAGCGGCUCGAAGCUGCCACCUCGCGUCUCGAAGACAUCGCGAGCACCUCUCUACCCAGCAGCGGCGAUGGAGCUGCCAGCCUCAAUGGAGCGUCCACCGAGGCCACUCCAGGCGUGACUGCGGCCAAUACAAGUGCCAGCACCCCCAAACUCGUCGCAGAAAGCGCACCACCGGCGAUUGAGGCUUUCGAUGAGCUGGUCAGCUCGGACCUGAAGAACUGGCUGGACCUGAGCAGCAAGCUGGGAAGCGUCAUUGAGGGCCAGUCCAAAGCAGUCGAGGGCGCAUUCGCCGCCCAGCGCCAGUUCCUCUUCAUCGCGAACAAGGCCAAGAAACCCGACGACCGCACUCUCAUGGAGCUGCUCAAGGACCUCCAGGCAAGCAUGGAGAAGACGGACGAGUUCCGACAGAGCAACCGCGACCCUGCGCUCAAGGACUCCGUCUCCAUGGUCGCCGAUGGUGUCGGGUCGCUUGGUUGGGUCACAAUUGGCCAGGGCGGAGGCAUGAAGCCCCAUGAGCACAUCAACGAGCUGUUCGGCGGAGCUCAGAUGUACGGCAACAAAGUGCUUAAGGAGUACCGGGACAAGCCCGACGGUGAAGCCCAUGUCAAGUGGGUGCAGGCCUACUACAAGCUGUUCAAGGCUCUCGCCGAAUAUGCAAAGAAGCACCACGCUACAGGUGUGGCCUGGAACAGCAACGGCAUCGACGCCAAAGAUGCCGCAAAGGAAAUCUCCUCGGCACCUCUCUCUGGCGCGUCCAACAUUCCUCCACCACCACCCGCUCCUCCAGCAGGAGGCGUCCCAGCACCACCUGGUCCUCCACCACCACCAGGCCCACCGCCGCCACCAGGUGCCGCACCAGUGGCCAAGAAGGCCGCGCCCGACAUGAACGCUGUCUUUGGCGAUCUCAACAAGGGCUCAGAUGUUACAAAGGGGCUUAAGAAGGUCGACCCAAGCCAGAUGACGCAUAAGAACCCAUCAUUGCGAGCUGGCGCAUCGGUCCCUACACGAAGCGACAGCAACGACAGUCUCAGGAGUAAGAGUCCUGCGCCGCCCAAAGCUAAGAAGCCGGAAAGCAUGCGCACGAAGAAGCCACCGAAGAAGGAGCUGGACGGAAACAAGUGGAUAAUAGACAACUUCGACUCCCCAGGCGAGACGCUCGAAAUCGACGCCGAAAUCAACCACUCCAUCCUCAUCUCGCGCUGCAAAAACACCACCAUCCGCAUCAACGGCAAAGCCAACGCGCUCUCGCUCGACAACUCCUCCCGCACAUCCCUCAUCAUCGACUCGCUAGUCAGCUCCGUAGACGUCAUCAAGUGCCCCAACUUUGCGCUGCAGGUCCUCGGCACCCUCCCCACCAUCCUCCUCGACCAGGUCGAUGGCGCGACCGUAUACCUAUCCAAAGACUCGCUAGCAACCGAGGUCUUCACAAGCAAGUGCAGUAGUAUCAACAUCAACCUGCCGACCGAAGACGACUACGCUGAGAACCCGUUGCCGGAGCAGAUCAGGAGCUAUGUUAAGGAUGGUAAGCUUGUUAGUGAGAUUGUGGAACAUGCUGGAUAG